AUGUCUCCGUCGCAUCAAGUGUCCGCGCCUGGUGACGACCAUGUCGACAACGCUGAUUAUUUUACCAGAGCUUUUGAGACACAACCUGGAGUAAAGGAGCAAGAUGCCACUCUUGCGACGCCCAAGCCCUUCGCCGACGCCUGGAGAUUCACGCCGUCUCUGAUGGAUCCCAACUCUUAUGCCUUCUCUGCUUUUGCCAACCAGCCUCCGGGUUACUACACUCCCACCCCAGGAGGGUUUGGGACUCUCUAUCAUCCUCAGGCCGGCGACCUCCACACGCCCGGAAUGGGAAUGAAUACGCCUCUCUCUCUUCCACACUCGGUCCACGGGCUUAAUGCUCAGGAACAACUCAUGCAUCUCAAUCACUUCAACCCGCAUCUUCUACACCAACCGCAUCCAUACCAGGAUCUCUUCCAACAUCAGCAAGCUGCCAUCCAUGUUCCAACCCAGCAACAGCAGACAUACGCUCCUCAGCAGUUCCUGCAACAUCAGGACUCCGGGUAUGUCGCGAUGGACGAUACUCCCCACAAGACAACCCCGACACAGGCCGAGCUGGGCGUUGAGCAACAAUCCAUGAACCAGCCGAUUCAGCAGUCUAUGUCUGGGAGUAUUGGCAUGACCAAUUUGCCGAUGGGGGAGAAGUCAGUAUCCUCGAGUUCGCAGCAGAGAUAUACUGACAAUUGCAUCAGAUUCCGCUUCCACACAACGCUAAGUGCGCCUACCGCAAUGGUCCGGCAUUCAGAUGAGAUUCCGAUCACGUACCUCAACAAAGGCCAAGCUUACACCAUGUCUAUAUGGGAUACCAUGCCUCCCAUGUCGCACAACACCUCCCUCAAAUACCGGACCUACGUCCGUGUUUCCUUUGAGGACGAACAGCAAAGAGCUCGACCCGGUGCGUGUUGGCAGCUCUGGAAAGAAGGCCGGGGCUCGAAUGAGGCUCACCAGCGAGGUGGCAGACUGCUGGCGGUAGAAUAUGUCGAACCCAACCAAGGUGGAGAUGACGAUUUGCGAAAACCUCAAAUUCAACUUGAAAAGGCGUCAUUCGACGGGUUUGCGGUAACGUGGUAUCCCAGUGCUGCCAAUGGAGGCCCAGACUGCUCGAUUUCGAUCCGCUUCAACUUCCUAUCCACCGACUUCAGCCACUCAAAGGGCGUCAAAGGCAUUCCCGUCCGACUAUGUGCCAAAACGGAGUUGCUUACUCCUGAACCGACAGCCAGCAACCAGCCAGAAGUAUGCUAUUCCAAGGUAAAGCUCUUCCGUGAUCAUGGCGCAGAGCGGAAACUUUCCAACGACGUAGCCCACGUGAAGAAGACGAUCGACAAGCUCAAACAGCAGAUUGCUCAAGCCGAGGCAGGCCUGGGAAGCGCUGGGAAGAGGAGGAGGAGCGGUUCAAUCGCGAAGGCACCAUCAUCUAGGCCGGGCAAAGUACUGAAGCACAAACGAACCUGGUCUGUCGACUCCGAGGGUGAAGGUAUGAAAUUCUCAGCGGAAGAGGAUAUGCAGAUGAAGCUCGUGAGCAUGCAAGAUAUGUUCUCGUCGACGCGGCCUGUCAGUGUCCUGUUCUUGCGUGGUGACCUCGAAGACGAUCCAGAUCUAUACCCAGUCAAACUACCGGGCGACGAUCCAGAGGGCAAAGAAAUCGUACGGACAUCUACUUGGGAAUCGAGACAAAGCGCCUCUGACUCGCCUACGUCAAAUGCUGGCUCUCCAUCCUCUAGCUCGGCCUCACAAGUUACGCCAAAGAGAAAAUUCUCGGACCUACAGCAUACCGCCAUCCAGGAGGAGGGAGAAAGUGAGUACGACAAUGAACCAUCUGGGUCUGCCCCACGGCCAGUCAAGAUCGUGAAGACGGAAGCCGACUCAUCCACGAAGUCGGACCUCUUUGCAGUCGAUGUUGAUAGCAGCUAUCAGCCUCCCAUUGAACGGCCUAUUCGACCAGUUGCAUGCUUUUACGUGCGUCAGAAAGACGCAGCUAAAGAAUACUACCGCGCGGUGUAUUUGAUGCAGCGAACAGUCAAAGACCUGGUCAAUAACAUAUCAAAUAAGUUCCAGAUCGAUCCUCAGAGAGUGACACAGGUCACGCAUGUCAACUCCCGUGGACUUCACAUCAUUGUCGACGAAGACGUGGUCAGAGAGCUCCCUGAGGGCCAGGACAUGAUCGUCGAGUUCACACCCCUCGAAACCGACCAGCCAGUGAAACACGAAUUCACGGCAUCUGCGGUUUCGAAAGGGAUGGUCGACAGCGAAUUGCCACAUACCGAGUUGCUGAUAACGGAUCCACUGGAGAUGUGGUUAAACUACUGA